UUUCGGAAUCAGUUCGCUCGCGAACAACACGAUAGAACAACAAAAAUUUCAUUUGGCUGCGCGAAAUUACUCAAAAAAUCAUUGUUUUUAGUAUGCUGGGAUAUAAUUAAAUGUGUGACAAGAUAGCUUCGGCUAACGAAAUAUUAAAGAGUGACUGUUUUUAAAAUCGGCCUUUGUUUUACCACCGUUUUUGUCGGCGUUUUUCCCACUUGUUUUUUACGCACACUACUACUUAUCGGCCUGUAUGUGUGAGUGAUGUGAGUGUUUGUGUGAAUAAAAAAAUCGAUUCUGUUGUGAUGUUAAUAAAGCGAAAACUUCUGUAGCACCGAGAGAACAGAGAAAUAUAAAAUAUGGUUAUGUUUCAAAACCGAAAGCUAAAGUGCCAUUUGGCGAGUGAGUGAGUAAGUCCGUCAGCCGAAGAGUAAGUCUGACAGCGACAUAGCCUGUACUGUGUAAAUAAAAGCAUUUAAAGUUAUUAACCUUUGUUGUUGCUAUUUGAUAUCAUCGACUGUCGACCCCUCCCGAUUUCCGACGAAUAAAUAUAUCGAAAUAAUGGGUCUGCAGAUGACAGCAGCCAGUCCAAUUGCAGCUUCCAGCCUUUUAGUGUUGUUCUUGCUCACCUGGACGCCCACAAUCGUCGAUGCUGCCCAUGCAAAUUAUUCGGAUAUACCAUAUAUUCAAUAUCUCACACAUCCGCCGGAGAUCAUCAGGAAGCCGCAGAAUCAGGGCGUUCGAGUGGGCGGCGUUGCCAGUUACUAUUGUGCGGCCCGCGGUGAUCCGCCACCAUCGAUAGUGUGGCGCAAGAAUGGCAAAAAAGUUUCGGGAACCCAGUCUCGUUACACGGUGCUGGAGCAGCCCGGCGGGAUUUCCAUACUCCGGAUUGAGCCCGUGCGGGCGGGACGCGACGAUGCUCCCUACGAAUGUGUGGCUGAGAACGGGGUGGGCGAUGCCGUUUCCGCAGAUGCAACUUUAACCAUCUAUGAAGGCGAUAAAACACCCGCAGGCUUUCCGGUUAUAACGCAGGGUCCAGGCACUCGCGUCAUUGAAGUGGGUCACACGGUCCUCAUGACAUGCAGAGCCAUCGGCAAUCCGACGCCAAACAUUUACUGGAUUAAGAAUCAGACAAAGGUUGAUAUGACCAAUCCGCGCUACUCACUUAAAGACGGCUUCCUGCAAAUCGAAAACAGUCGCGAAGAGGAUCAAGGCAAAUACGAGUGUGUGGCCGAGAAUUCAAUUGGGACGGAGCACUCGAAAGCUACCAAUUUGUAUGUGAAAGUCCGUCGUGUUCCGCCAACUUUCUCCCGGCCACCAGAGUCGAUCAGUGAGGUGAUGUUGGGCUCCAAUCUGAAUCUUUCCUGCAUUGCCGUCGGCUCACCCAUGCCACAUGUCAAGUGGAUGAAGGGCUUUGAAGAUCUAACACCCGAGAAUGAAAUGCCAAUCGGCCGCAAUGUCCUGCACCUGAUUAAUAUUCAAGAGAGCGCAAACUACACUUGCAUAGCAGCCUCUACACUAGGACAAAUCGAUUCCGUUUCGGUGGUUAAAGUGCAGUCUCUGCCCACCGCACCCACCGAUGUGCAAAUCUCGGAGGUGACCGCCACUUCGGUGCGUCUGGAGUGGUCGUACAAGGGUCCGGAGGAUUUGCAGUACUACGUGAUCCAGUACAAGCCGAAGAACGCGAACCAGGCCUUCAGCGAGAUAAGCGGCAUCAUCACCAUGUACUAUGUGGUCCGUGCCUUGAGUCCCUACACCGAGUACGAGUUCUACGUGAUAGCCGUGAACAAUAUUGGACGUGGACCGCCAUCUGCUCCGGCGACAUGUACCACCGGUGAGACAAAAAUGGAAAGUGCACCACGUAAUGUUCAAGUGCGCACGCUGAGCUCGUCCACCAUGGUUAUUACUUGGGAACCACCAGAGACGCCCAAUGGACAAGUGACCGGCUACAAGGUGUACUACACGACCAAUUCGAAUCAACCGGAGGCCUCUUGGAACUCACAGAUGGUCGACAAUAGCGAGCUGACCACAGUUUCGGAGCUGACGCCCCAUGCCAUCUACACGGUCCGGGUUCAGGCCUACACCUCGAUGGGAGCCGGUCCCAUGUCCACGCCGGUCCAAGUGAAGGCCCAGCAAGGUGUGCCAUCGCAACCGAGCAAUUUCCGGGCAACCGAUAUCGGUGAGACCGCAGUCACACUGCAAUGGACCAAGCCGACGCAUUCCAGCGAGAAUAUCGUUCAUUACGAGCUCUACUGGAAUGACACAUACGCCAAUCUGGUCCAUCACAAGCGCAUUUCGAACUCGGAGGCAUAUACUCUGGAUGGCCUGUAUCCCGAUACGCUCUACUAUAUCUGGCUGGCGGCAAGGUCACAACGAGGCGAGGGGGCCACCACUCCGCAAAUUCCGGUUCGCACCAAGCAAUAUGUACCAGGUGCUCCGCCACGAAAUAUCACCGCCAUAGCCAGCAGCUCGACGACGAUAUCGCUGAACUGGCUGCCGCCGCCCGUCGAGCGUUCGAACGGUCGCAUCAUUUACUAUAAGGUCUUCUUCGUGGAGGUGGGUCGCGAAGACGACGAGGCCACCACAAUGACCCUCAAUAUGACCAGCAUUGUGCUGGACGAGCUGAAGCGCUGGACAGAGUACAAAAUCUGGGUGCUCGCCGGCACAUCCGUCGGCGAUGGGCCGCGAUCUCAUCCCAUCAUUUUGCGCACCCAAGAGGAUGUGCCCGGCGAUCCGCAAGAUGUUAAGGCCACGCCCUUGAACUCCACAUCGAUCCAUGUCAGUUGGAAGCCACCACUCGAAAAGGACCGCAAUGGCAUCAUCCGUGGCUAUCACAUACAUGCCCAGGAAUUGCGCGACGAGGGCAAGGGAUUCCUCAACGAACCCUUCAAGUUCGAUGUGGUGGACACGCUGGAGUUCAAUGUGACGGGUCUGCAGCCGGACACCAAGUACUCCAUCCAGGUGGCGGCAUUGACGCGCAAGGGCGACGGCGACCGCAGUGCGGCGAUAGUGGUGAAAACGCCGGGUGGCGUGCCCGUCCGGCCCACGGUGAGUCUGAAGAUCAUGGAGCGGGAGCCGAUCGUGUCCAUCGAACUGGAGUGGGAGCGUCCGGCGCAGACGUAUGGUGAACUGCGUGGCUAUCGACUGCGCUGGGGCGUCAAGGAUCAGUCGCUCAAGGAGGAGAUGCUGUCGGGACCGCAGAUGACGAAGAAACGCUUCGACAAUUUGGAACGUGGCGUGGAGUACGAAUUCCGGGUGGCGGGCAGCAAUCAUAUCGGUAUUGGCCAGGAGACGGUGAAAAUAUUCCAAACGCCGGAGGGAACACCCGGUGGACCGCCCGCCAACAUCACCAUCCGCUUCCAAACUCCCGAUGUGCUGUGCGUGACCUGGGAUCCACCGACCAGGGAGCACCGCAAUGGCCUGAUCACCCGCUAUGACGUGCAGUUCCACAAGAAAAUCGAUCAUGGACUUGGGUCCGAGCGAAAUAUGACGCUUCGCAAGGCGGUGUUCACGAAUCUGGAGGAGAACACCGAGUACAUAUUCCGGGUGAGGGCGUAUACCAAACAGGGCGCGGGACCCUUUAGCGAGAAGUUGAUUGUGGAGACGGAGCGGGAUAUGGGACGGGCACCGAUGUCCCUGCAGGCGGAGGCCACAUCCGAACAGACGGCGGAGAUCUGGUGGGAACCGGUCACCAGUCGUGGCAAACUGCUGGGCUACAAGAUAUUCUACACCAUGACGGCUGUGGAGGAUCUGGACGAUUGGCAGACGAAAACGGUGGGACUCACGGAAUCCGCCGAUCUGGUGAAUCUCGAGAAGUUUGCCCAAUAUGCCGUGGCCAUUGCGGCGCGAUUCAAGAACGGACUGGGACGUCUUAGCGAGAAGGUAACGGUGCGCAUCAAGCCGGAGGAUGUGCCCCUCAAUCUGCGCGCCCACGAUGUCAGCACCCAUUCGAUGACCCUCAGCUGGUCGCCACCCAUCCGCCUCACGCCCGUCAACUACAAGAUCAGCUUCGAUGCCAUGAAGGUGUUUGUGGACUCGCAGGGCUUCUCGCAGACUCAGAUCGUGCCCAAGCGCGAGAUCAUCCUCAAGCACUAUGUGAAGACGCACACGAUCAACGAGCUGAGCCCAUUUACCACGUACAAUGUGAAUGUGAGUGCCAUCCCGUCAGACUAUUCCUAUCGUCCGCCCACCAAAAUCACGGUCACCACCCAAAUGGCCGCACCGCAGCCCAUGGUCAAGCCGGAUUUCUACGGCGUGGUCACUGGCGAAGAGAUUCUGGUGAUACUGCCGCAGGCCUCCGAGGAGUAUGGACCCAUCUCGCACUACUAUCUGGUGGUGGUGCCGGAGGACAAGUCCAAUCUGCACAAGAUUCCCGAUCAGUUCCUCACCGAUGAUCUGCUGCCGGGACGGAAUAAGCCAGAGCGUCCCAAUGCACCCUAUAUUGCAGCCAAGUUCCCGCAGCGUUCGAUACCGUUCACUUUCCAUUUGGGAUCAGGCGAUGACUAUCAUAACUUUACGAACCGCAAGCUGGAGCGGGAGAAGCGCUACCGCAUCUUUGUGCGGGCCGUGGUGGACACGCCGCAGAAGCAUCUCUAUACCUCCAGUCCCUUCUCCGAGUUUCUUUCGCUGGACAUGAGGGAGGCGCCGCCGGGCGAACGGCCCCACCGACCCGAUCCCAACUGGCCGUCGGAGCCGGAGGUGUCGGUCAAUCGCAACAAGGACGAGCCCGAGAUCAUGUGGCUGGUGCUGCUCCUCAUGGUGUCCACCUUCAUCGUGUCCACUGCCCUGAUCGUCCUGUGUGUGGUCAAGCGACGUCGCCAGCCGUGCAAGACGCCCGAUCAGGCAGCAGUCACACGUCCACUGAUGGCCGCCGACUUGGGUGCGGGACCCACGCCCAGCGAUCCCGUGGAUAUGCGGCGCCUGAACUUCCAGACGCCCGGAAUGAUCUCACACCCGCCCAUACCCAUUUCGGAGUUUGCCAACCACAUCGAACGGCUGAAGUCGAACGACAAUCAGAAAUUCUCGCAGGAGUACGAGAGCAUCGAGCCGGGACAGCAGUUCACGUGGGACAACUCCAACAUGGAGCACAACAAGUCGAAGAAUCGCUAUGCCAAUGUGACCGCCUACGAUCACUCGCGGGUGCAGCUGCCGCCGGCGGAGGGCGUGGCCGGGUCGGACUACAUCAAUGCCAACUACUGCGACGGCUAUCGGAAGCACAAUGCGUACGUGGCCACCCAGGGACCGCUGCAGGAGACGUUCGUGGACUUCUGGCGCAUGUGCUGGGAGCUGAAGACGGCCACCAUUGUGAUGAUGACGCGGCUGGAGGAGCGGACGCGCAUCAAGUGCGACCAGUACUGGCCGACGCGCGGCACGGAGACGUACGGCCAGAUCUUUGUGACCAUCACGGAGACACAGGAGCUGGCCACGUACAGCAUUCGAACGUUCCAGCUGUGCCGGCAGGGAUUCAACGAUCGCCGCGAGAUCAAGCAGCUGCAGUUCACCGCCUGGCCGGAUCACGGUGUGCCCGAUCAUCCGGCUCCGUUCCUGCAGUUCCUGCGACGCUGUCGCGCCCUCACGCCGCCGGAAUCGGGACCCGUGAUCGUUCACUGCUCGGCGGGAGUGGGUCGCACCGGUUGCUACAUUGUGAUCGAUUCGAUGCUGGAGCGCAUGAAGCACGAGAAGAUCAUCGAUAUCUAUGGGCAUGUGACAUGCCUGCGGGCGCAGCGCAACUAUAUGGUGCAGACGGAGGACCAGUACAUCUUCAUCCAUGACGCCAUCCUGGAGGCCAUCAUCUGCGGCCUGACGGAGGUGCCGGCCCGCAAUCUGCAUACGCACCUGCAGAAGCUACUGAUCACGGAGCCCGGUGAGAGCAUCUCCGGCAUGGAGGUGGAGUUCAAGAAGCUGUCCAACGUCAAGAUGGACUCGUCCAAGUUCGUGACGGCCAAUCUGCCGUGCAACAAGCAUAAGAACCGCCUGGUUCACAUUUUGCCGUACGAGUCGAGUCGCGUCUUCCUCACCCCCAUCCAUGGCAUCGAGGGCAGCGACUAUGUCAACGCCAGCUUCAUCGACGGCUAUCGCUACCGCUCCGCCUACAUCGCCGCCCAGGGUCCCGUCCAGGAUGCCGCCGAGGACUUCUGGCGCAUGCUCUGGGAGCACAACUCCACCAUUGUGGUCAUGCUGACCAAGCUCAAGGAAAUGGGCAGGGAGAAAUGCUUUCAGUACUGGCCUCAUGAGCGAUCUGUGCGCUAUCAGUAUUAUGUGGUGGAUCCCAUUGCCGAGUACAACAUGCCGCAGUACAAGCUGCGUGAAUUCAAGGUCACUGAUGCUCGAGAUGGCUCCUCGCGCACAGUGCGGCAGUUCCAGUUCAUCGAUUGGCCGGAGCAGGGGGUGCCCAAGUCGGGCGAGGGCUUCAUCGACUUCAUCGGACAGGUGCACAAGACCAAGGAGCAGUUUGGCCAGGAUGGACCCAUCACCGUGCACUGUUCGGCGGGCGUGGGGCGAUCGGGUGUCUUCAUCACCCUGAGCAUCGUGCUCGAGCGGAUGCAGUACGAGGGAGUCCUGGAUGUCUUCCAGACGGUGCGCAUUCUGCGCUCCCAGCGACCGGCUAUGGUGCAAACCGAGGAUCAAUACCACUUCUGCUAUCGCGCUGCAUUGGAGUACUUGGGCUCAUUCGACAACUAUGCGAACUGAGAGCUCUAGAUGCAUACUUAUUUCGAACUCUACGCAUAAUACGCAUUUACGAUAUACACGGAUAUCAUAACUCUCAAGUAUUAUAGCCAGCUACUGCCCACACUUACUUAAUACGCCCAUACUUAUAUACGUGGAUAUGUUUAGUUGAUAAGCGCACCUCCCCGCCCGCAGAAUAUGUUACCAUUACGAUACUUUCGGGGCCUCGUCGGUCUUUCACUGCGUUUGAUUUUAAUAAGAAUGUAAACUAAAAAAGACUGUUACACGUUUAAUUAUCAGAAAUUGAUAUAUCAGCCCAUAUAUGUACACUUCUAUAUGUGCAUCGCGUGUGUGUUUGCUCGCUAAACGACGGAGGAAGUCAAUCAACUUGUUGUUCGUGGAACUGCCGCCAGAAUGGCCAUAGAUGGGGCGGACCACUGGAAACCGAUACAUAUUUGAACUAAGGACUUGGUAGCUAUUAGUCUUAACGCCUAAAUCGAAUCUCGAACGGAAGGUUGGGGUCGCAAGUAGCAGGAGGCCGGCCAGUUGAAUUAAAUCGCGAUCUUCUGGCGAAUUGGCAGCUAUGUAAAUCCAAUCUCCAAUAUACAUAUAUAUUAUAAACACAAUCAAUCAAAUACAGCUAUGUUAAUCAGUUUUUAUGCCUAGGUUAUUGGAAACCAGUAUAAACAAUCCGUGCAAUUAGUCAAAAGUCUUGCAUAGUGCAUAUUAAAUAGGGCAGCUAGUUUCUAAAUUAAGUUUUCAAACACGACUUAAGUUUUGAUCUCCCCCAAACAAGAUGACGAACUUGAAGGACUGAUCUUGGCAGCUAACAGUUCUACUUUCUAAGUUCUAAUUUUUUUUAAAGGAUAAGAGUCGCGGACGUAACUUCCAGCUAAGCAGCUUAUUAAAACUUUAACCUCAUUCCCACGAAUUUUUGUUCAGUUCCCCAGUACAUUCCUGUAUAUACCACAGUCGAUACCCAGAUGCCCAAGCUAGCCACGUAUGUACUUGUAUGUGUAAUUUAGAUCGAAAAGCUAAACAAUUAUUGUACCUAAGGUGUAUGAAAGGCAUAGAUAAUAACCAAGCGAUCAGAUUAGAAUGAUAACUGUAGAUAUGUACUGUAGCAUAUAAUUUUUACCAUAAAUACCAUUAAAUAACGAUUAUAGGAGACAUUGGCAAUAGGUCUUAAGGUACAUAAUAAUGUAUAUAACUGAUAAGCUGUUUUGCAGAACGUUUAAAUUCGGCCUCGUAUUUAUGCAUAAAUAUAUAUAUAAAUAUAUAACAAACAAGUUAGCAAGCAAAAGCGUAAAAGCAAACACUAAAUUAAUAGCUGAAACACAUGUUAAACAACAAUAGUCAUAUGUAAACUAAAUAUUUAUAUGGAAUAAAAGUAUUUGUUAUAACAACUUUAGCGCGUUGCCCCAGCCAAUUGGAUCGGAAGUGUUAGGAAGUAGUAAAUUUUGCGGCGAUGUUGGCCGGCUGGGCAUGUUUGGAAUUAAACGAGAGAUACAAAAUUAAACUAUAGAGCUAGCAACAAUAGAUGUCUAGAUAAAGGUAACCCCGCAAAGUGUUGCAAUCGUAUUAAACCAUAACAUAUAAAUCAAUUGAAAAGUACGAGUAUAUUGUAUAUUACACAAAUUUGUCGGCUUGUCAAAUUUUGUUAAAAUAAAAAUUGUUUUAUAUGUUUUACCCAAUAGAAAGAUAUAACAUUUUUAAAGGUAACAUAAUAACACAGACGACAAGCAAACAUUAUAAUGAUUAUAAUAUCAAGCAAAAGAUGAGCGUAUGUAUUUCGCAUUAAUGUAUGAGUAAGAGUAACAUAUUAUGUUUAAAAUUCCAUACAAAUAAUAUAUCAUUUUCAAAAAACUGAAAAAUCAAAUGACAAGAAAUAAUAAAAGAUGAAAUACAAACAA